UUCCUGUUUGAAUCCGGGCAAUGGCAUGACUGUGAAUUUAUUGUUGGGAUGGAAUCAAAUCAGCAGGUGUUUCAGGCACACCGCCUGGUGCUGACGAUGGCCAGUCCUGUGUUCGAGGCAAUGCUGUUUGGCGGCAUGGCUGAGAAGGCGCCCAUCAAGGUGCUGGACGUCAGCCCAGAUGCCUUCCGCAGUCUGAUGCUAUAUAUCUACUCGGACCAGAUCAACCUCCAGUCGUUUGACCAGGCCUGCGAGAUCUGCUAUGCCGCCAAGAAGUACAUGCUGCCACACCUGGUGGAGCACUGCACCAAGUUCCUGUGGAAGGACCUCGCACCCCACAACGUGUGUCGCGCGUACGAGUUCGCCAAGCUGUUCGAGGAGCCGGUGCUCAUGGAGAAAUGUUUGAAAAUCAUUACGCAGCAGACGGCGAAAGUGAUCGGCACAUCGGCCAUCGAGGACGUGGAGCACGCGUCGCUGAUCGCCAUCCUGGAGCAGCCCCCCGGCGCGCCACUGUCGCCGCGAUGA